UCUCUCUCUCUCUCUCUCUUCUUCCUCCUCCUUAAUAAUUUCUCACCCACCUCCUCCAAGACUCUACCCAAAAACCUUUUAGCAUUUCCACAUCGGUGCACAACAUCCCAACUUUUGUACCCCUUGUAUUUCUAAUUGUACCACCUUUUCCUAGGUAGCUAGCCUUUUUUUAUUUUCUUUUCAUGGGUAACGCUGAUUAUGUAUACCCUUCAACAAAUGUGGAGGGUCAGUCUCCUCACCGAGUUGCAAUCCCUCCACCACAACCCUUCGUCAAAACCCUGAAAAACUCUCUCAAGGAGACCUUCUUCCCCGAUGACCCUUUGAGGCAGUUCAAGAAUCAGCCAGCUUCAAGAAAGCUUGUUCUUGGCCUUCAAUACUUCUUUCCAAUUUUUGAAUGGGGGCCUCGCUACACGCUUGACUUCUUGAAAUCCGAUCUCAUCUCCGGCAUCACCAUCGCCAGCCUCGCUAUCCCUCAGGGGAUUAGCUAUGCCAAGCUUGCAAACUUGCCACCAAUUCUUGGCCUGUAUUCAAGCUUUAUUCCACCAUUGGUUUAUGCCAUGAUGGGGAGCUCAAGAGAUUUGGCUGUGGGGACAGUGGCCGUGGCUUCACUUCUCACAGCUUCAAUGCUGGGGGCAGAGGUCAAUGCUAUGGAGAACCCUACCCUUUAUCUUCACCUGGCUUUCACAGCAACCCUCUUCGCUGGAGUUUUCCAAGCUUCCUUGGGCUUCUUGAGGCUGGGUUUUAUCGUGGAUUUUCUAUCACAUGCAACGAUAGUAGGGUUCAUGGCAGGGGCAGCCACGGUGGUGUGCCUGCAGCAGCUAAAAGGGAUUCUUGGGCUUAACCAUUUCACCCAUGAGACCGACGUUGUGUCAGUUCUGCGUUCUGUCUUCAGCCAAACACAUGAGUGGAGAUGGGAAAGCGGAGUUUUGGGAUGUUUAUUUCUCUUCUUUCUCCUCGUCACCAAAUACUUUAGCAAGAAAAAACCCAAGUUCUUUUGGAUAUCAGCCAUGGCACCUCUCACAUCAGUCAUAUUGGGAAGCGUUCUGGUUUAUGUCACCCAUGCUGAGAAACAUGGCGUUGAAGUGAUAGGAAAGCUGAAGAAGGGGCUUAAUCCACUGUCCUUUGGAGACCUUGUGUUUGUGUCUCCUUAUCUAUCAACAGCUUUCAAAACUGGCGUCAUCACUGGAGUCAUAGCUCUUGCGGAAGGAAUAGCAGUAGGGAGAAGCUUUUCCAUGUUCAAGAACUACCACAUUGAUGGGAACAAAGAAAUGAUUGCCAUUGGGAUGAUGAACAUUGCUGGUUCUUGCACUUCUUGCUACCUCACCACAGGGCCGUUUUCCAAAUCAGCAGUGAACUACAAUGCAGGAUGCAAGACGGCAAUGUCAAACGUUGUCAUGGCAAUUGCGGUUAUGUUCACAUUGUUGUUCCUCACUCCUCUGUUCCAUUACACUCCCCUGGUUGUGUUGUCUGCUAUUAUAAUAGCCGCCAUGCUCGGCCUCAUAGACUAUGAAGCCGCAAUUCACCUCUGGAAGGUUGACAAGUUUGACUUUGUUGUCUGCAUGAGUGCCUAUAUCGGCGUUGUUUUUGUCAGCGUUGAAAUUGGACUAGUCUUAGCGGUUGCAAUAUCUGUGAUCAGGGUACUUUUGUUUGUGGCAAGGCCAAGGACUUUUGUUCAAGGAAACCUUCCAAAUUCCAUGGUUUACAGAAAUGUUGAGCAGUAUACCAAUGCAAUCAAUGUUCCUGGAAUUCUCAUACUUGAGAUUGAUGCUCCCAUUUACUUUGCAAAUAUCAACUACUUAAGAGAAAGGAUUACAAGGUGGAUAAAUGAUGAGGAAGAUAGAAUCAAAUCUGCAGGGGAAAGUAGCUUACAAUAUGUGAUAUUGGAUAUGACUGCUGUUGGUAACAUAGACACAAGUGGGAUAAGCAUGUUUGAAGAGGUCAAAAAGCUUGUUGACAGAAGGGGGCUCCAGCUUGUACUGGCGAACCCGGGAAGCGAGGUGAUGAAGAAGAUGAACAAGUCAGAGUUGAUUGAGAAAAUAGGUCAAGAAUGGAUUUAUCUCACAGUUGCAGAGGCUGUUGCAGCAUGCAACUUCAUGCUUCACUCCACCAAGCCCAACCCCGGCAAAGAUCAAGAACCAGCUGCAUGGAACAACGUUUGAUGGCUUUGGCUGGCUACAAUGUGAAUUUAUGUAUCAGAAAGCAAUAUCCACAUAAAUAUGAAGACUCGUUUGAAUUAA